AUGAAUAAAGAGGAAAGCUUCGAUAGUGACUAUGAGCUUGCCAUGCGGCUACAACAAAAGUAUGAUGAAGAAGGAAUGUUCUUGAAUGCAUUUCAAAACCAGAAAAACAAUAGCAAUUCUACUCGUAAUAAUAGCAAAGAAUUUGAUUAUCUUGCGAGCAAUAAUAGUAACGAUUUUGACUACUUUACGCGUAAUAAUAAUAACCAACCCAGUUCGAUGCACAUCAAUAAUGAUCGUCCUAAGAAUAAUGAUUACAAUUUUUCUCAAAGAAGGACUACGAGAAAUAUUAACCUAUCUGGUCAAGAGACGCGAGUCUUCAAAAUACUUUUACUAGGUGGAACUGGAACUGGGAAGUCUACUAUUAUUAAUACGAUAGCAAAUUACUUUUUAGACGGUAACCUUGAUAAACCAAAGGUAGUCAUUCCCACCAAGUAUUACGAAGUUACCGAGAGAGGGUUUGCUAACGCACAUUCGGAAGCAAAAGUUGAUGAUGUGACUAAGAGUCAAACCACAAAAUGCUAUAGCUAUAAUUUCAACCAUCCUGACAAUCCCGCUUAUAAAUUUAUUUUAAUUGACACUCCCGGGCUAAGUGAUACGAAUGGUGUAAAGCAAGACGAUAAGAAUAUCCAAGAAAUUAUAGAUACAGCAAUCUCCGCAGGUUCUUUAUCUGCUAUCGUAAUAAUCGCAAAUGGAACUGAAGCUAGAGUAACCCCGUCGAUAAAGAAUACUUUGGUUCGGUUAGCAAAUAACAUUCCCGAUGACCUGAUUGACCGCAAUCUAUUGCUUGUUUUAACGAAAUGCGCAAAAAGCAGUGCUUGCUUUUCAGAGGAUGCUUUUGCAAGAGAAAUCGCAAAACCAAAGAAAAUAUUCCAUAUGGACAACCAAGCCUUCUGCACUAACCCUCAAAUCUGGAAGAAUGACGAAGAUGAGCGUCACACUGUUCAGUUUCAUUGGGAUAAGUCUAUUAGAACAAUCGAUAGUUUGCUUAUGGAAAUUACCGAGAUGUCUUCUACCUCAACUCAAGCUUUUGAAAGGAUGAAAACAUAUAGAGAUAAAAUUAAAUCCGAAAUUGUUAAAGUGACGCAAGAUAUUGCAAAUAUUCAACAAAUCCAGGAUUCUCUAGAUGCUGCUCAGAAGGCCCUGCAAAAAACCGGAGACAAAAAAAAUUCUUUCUCUAACUAUACGAAAACAGAAACCAAAACACUAAAAAAAAUUGUUAGUGCUAGCUAUCAUAGUACUGUCUGUACCCUUCACCUAAAGAAUAAUAUUAUUUGCCAUGAUGGCUGUGGACUUGAAUUUAAAAAUAAUUCCGGAACUGAUCACUUUAGGCAUUGUUCUUGUAUGAAUUCGAACGACAUAUGUUCGGAAUGUGGAUGUGGGCCCCUAAGCCAUUAUCACGACAAUGUCAAAUUAACUGAAGAAACCAAAACUAUCUGUAAUAUUCUUGAAGACAUUAAAGCUCAAUACGACAACGCAGACCAACAAUAUAAAAAAUAUAGCAACGAUACGAAUAACUAUCAAUCAUCUCUUGCAACCCUUCAAGCCGCUGCUAAUGCUAAAUAUGAGCACAUUCAUAAACUUU